AAAUCGAUUCCCAUGGCGUCGCUUGGCUCUGCAGGGUUGCUUUCUUCGAUACACGACUCGCGUUCGCUUGUUUGCUCCUCGUCGCGUGCCCUUGGUUCCUCAUCCGCCAGCUGGCGUUCUUCACCUGGCAAUAGGAAGGGUAGAAAAUCGAAUAAUCAGCUGCAAGUUGUGGCUAUGGCACCCGAAGAAGAGAAGCUCACUCGUCGCAAUCCUCUAGAUUUCCCUAUUGAGUGGGAGAGGCCUAAACCUGGGAGAAGGCCUGAUAUUUUCCCCAAGUUUAGCCCGAUGAAGACACCAUUGCCACCGCCAAUGCCUUAUGAUCCUCCAGCAGAAGACGAAGAAGAAGAGGAAGAGAAGAAAGAAGAGGAAGAAGAGAACCCUGACCAAGAAGAAGAGGAACAACCUGAGAAGCAGCAAUAGAUUUUUUAUAGUUUGCGAGAAAAUAAAAAGGGUUGGAACGUCGAGAUCUAAAGAGACUUUCUGUUUCUGAUUUCUAGCGACACAUGUUUGAGACGCAGCGUCGGCGUCAGCCGCUAAUAUUUACAGCGUCGAUGAAAACACGGAUACGAUCACUAGCGAUAGUCGCCGGUGGCAACUUAUUACCGACGCUGCGAUUAAAUUUCUCCAUUUUAUCUUGUUUGUUAAUUAUAACCGCUUGACGCUGCGUCCGCGUCAACCUAAAGAACAUGGCUAUCUUGUUUGUUAAUUAAAGCCGCUCGACGCUGCGUCCGCGUCAACGUAAAGAACAUGGCUAAAAUAAGUCUAAAAGAAAAAGGCACUCUUGUUUGGCUUACAAUAACAUUUAGUUAGAGUUUUAACAAGUUUUGUUGUUGAU